CAACAGUCUUGGGCCAUGCUUGUUGCUAGUUUCGCUGUCACACUUUCUGAGAAAUGGUUAAGAGAAUCAACGUAGUGCAACACGAGUAGUAAAUGUUUGAGUAUCUUUACUAUUUGGUUAAAGUUUCGUUCCCAGAUCGAUGUAUAUGCCGAUGAUAUCUUGAUUUUGAACAGUUCAGCAGACAAAAAGUAAAUAGUUUCUUAUCAUAGGGAAUGUUUUUUAUUCAUGUUGGAUUAAAUCAAAAGCAACCCUCCUUGAGAUAAAGGUGAGGCAACAACCCAUGAGACUUCAUCAUGAACAUUUGAACACCUAGUAUUGGUGCUAAUAGUUUCUUCUUUAUUACCAAAAUUACCAAAAUGAAAAGCUAUACACUACCAAUUUUAUAAAGUUCUGUCACAAUAAACUUUUGCACUGUCUUCUUGUUGCUGAAUCAUGGGGUGCAAGGUACCCUACCAAUUCCUUGAUAGAAGGGCUAAAUAGAUUUCUGCAAUUCUAAGGCUUCUAAAGUGCAUCUCAGCACAUACUUUUUCACUUUAUUCCAUGACAAUAGCCUCAUUGUAAGCUUCACAAGAAAGAAUGAGACACCUUGGUUCACAAAAGAACUAAGCAUAUAUUUCUAAUGCAAUGAGCACAAAUAAGAAACAUAAGAAGACACAUUCACUCAUGGGGAAAGUGCAAUGUCUUAGCCUUCCAUCUCUCGGUGGUUGCUUUGACGGCUGUCGCGACCAAGCACGAGGCUCGGGAUACGGGACGAGGAUAUGGAACCUAAGUGAUAAGCCAGUGGAGCUACAAAUAAGGGUGGGAUCAAUACUGAAGAAGAUUCAUACAUUGAAGCCAGGGUCUUCAAAGAGACUCAAAUGUAAAAGCAUAUACAAGACAUAUGUUCCUAAGAGUGGAAGUGUUGGUGGAAGCUUGAAGAGUUUGUUGUAUUCCUAUGAUGAAACUAGCCACCCUUAUAUUUGGAUUCAUGAGACAGGGUGUCAUUCCUUGAAGAUGGUUAAGCAGCAGUAUAUUAGCCUUGAGGAUAUGAGGGAUUGUUCUGAGAUCAAGAUUUUCAGGGAUCAUCAAAGAGGUUCCAUUUCAGUCCGGAAGAGAAUGAGGCCUGAUUUUUGCUCAACAUGAAUUUCAAACUAUUUGUUUGUCAUACGUUGGUUGGAUAGAAACCUGGUUCUGGAUAUAGAAUGGUAUGACGAAAAUUGAUUUUAGUAGUUAAUCUCUCUUAAAGAGAUAAAGUUUGAUUGUUGUUGUUUGUUAUGAGUUGGAAGUGAUAUUUCUAUUUCUUUAUUUUCAUUUUUAUUUCUCAUUAUGAGUUCUAUAUUGUGGUAACACAGUUCUUUUUCUAUGUCUAAAUUUUCUUUUAUUUCUAUAAAUUUUCUGUAAUUUAAGUGUAAAAACAAGGUCGUGGGGAGAACAUGUAAAUUAU